AUGUCUUGUCCAGCUGGCAGUGAUAAUCUUCUCGGCCCGCGAGUGAACCUCUCCUGUCGGCCUUUUGAUUUCACACUUCUUUUCGAAGAUGCGCUUUUCACGGUCUUACCAACGAGCCUGUUUCUCCUGGCCGCGACAGCACGUCUCAGUGUCCUUGUUCGUGCUCCGGUGAAAGUGAACUCACAUCGGUUGGCGACGUGGAAGCUUGCUGUUCUCGGCUUGCUAUUACUUUUCCAUCUACUAUAUCUCGCAUUUCGCAUCCAGGACCCCCAUCUAUACACAAGCCUAGCAUUGGCUUCUAGCAUUCUGGAUGUCGUUGUUAUCAUGAUAUCGCUCCUCUUGUCAUGGCUGGAAGAUCAACGCUCGAUACGGCCAUCGGACUUGAUGAUCAUUUAUUUUGCUGUCACAAGUAUUCUUUCACUCGCUCGGGCCCGCACUCUUUGGCUUUUAUCAGUGAAUGCUACCAAAUCGGCUAUUUUAUGGACAUUGGUCUGUGUUGGCACGGCUGCUGUGCUGAGCAUCGAAUCUGUGCACAAGACUCAGCGUUUGCGCAUGGCCUAUCGGCAGCCAAGUAAAGAAGUCACCGCGAGCUUCUGGGUUCGGAGCUUCUUUAUCUGGGUGAUCCCACUGUUUCGCACUGGAUUCUCAACCAUCCUUUCGGUUCAUGAUAUGCCCAAUGUUGACGAUGCGUUGACGGGGGCAGAGGCUGAAAGGAAGAUUCUGAAAGCAUGGGCUUGUGUCGAGCCGGGGUCUAAGCAUCGCCUGCUACGAGCUGCUUGUCGUGCAUACUUCUUGCCGUUGAUUAGCGCCAUCGUCCCCAGACUUUGUCUCUCUGCGUUCAAGUUUUGUCAACCGUUCCUCAUCUCGGCCACCUUGAAUUUUGUGUCUUCGCCGUCGACCCCAGAGAAUAAGAUCUAUGGGUCUGCAUUGGUGGGCGCGUAUGUGCUCACAUACCUAGGGAUGGCUAUCUCAAACGCAGUAUACUGGCGCCAAGCGUUCCGCCUCAACACCAUGUCUCGCGCAGGUCUUAUUCCUCUGAUAUACCGACAGACCACGAAGCUCCGCUCAGGCGACUUCAAAGACAAGCCCGCUAUAACCUUGAUGGGUACCGAUGUUGAGCGCAUUGUCUCUACGCUCCAUGCUCUGCACGAGGUAUGGGCAGCCCCGUUGGAAGUGGGUGUUGGGAUAUUUCUAUUGGAACGACAACUGGGGGUUGCUUGCUUGAUCCCAGCAGUUAUUUCACUCCUUGCUGUCAUUGCCACCGUGCCGAUUUCCCAAAAGUCCAACAUAGCCAUCAGCCGAUGGAUUGAGCGGGUUCAAGCUAGACUGAGCGUAACAUCCAGCAUGUUGCAGGACAUGAAGUCUAUCAAAAUGCUGGGUCUGACCGAGAAGCUGUUCGAGUCUGUAUCCCAGUUGCGGCGAGUAGAGCUGCAAGUCUCUGAAAGAUUUCGGAGAUUGCUUGUCGGCCAGGUCAUUUUGUCAAACAUUCCUCUCACCCUGGCACCCUUUGCUACCUUCAGCAUCUUUACUAUCAUCUCCGCGGCCAAAGGCAGUGAGUCGCUCUUGUCGACACGAGUGUUCACCUCACUCUCUUUGAUCUCCCUGAUGACUGCGCCGUUGCUCAUUUUUGUUCAACUUCUCCCAUCUCUAUAUCAGUCCAUUGCAUGUUUCGACCGCAUCGAGAUGUAUUGUACCAAAGUUCCUUUUGACUUUGCAGACGAGAAUGUAUGGGCAGACUCCAUAGAGCUCUCUGACACUCUCUCGAAUUUACCGCCAACCUCGCAGGAUUCAGUAGUAGAAUUCCACAAAGCCAGCUUUUCUUGGUCCCAGGAAACCUCCCCAGUCUUGCACCAUUUGGAAUUUGCAGUCAAGAGAAAGAUGAUCACGGCCGUAAUAGGACCCGUUGGAAGCGGCAAAUCAACGCUACUGGAAAGCGCACUCGGUGAAACUGUGUUGACAGAAGGAUCAAUAUCACCGUUCCAGUCAACGGUCGCUUACUGUCCUCAAACUGCGUGGAUCGUCAAUGACACGAUUCGCCAAAACAUCACAGGCCCGUCAUCAUUCGACCCAAAGUGGUAUAAGUUUGUCAUUUGGGCGUGUGCUUUGGAAAAUGACCUUGAAGACAUCCCUGGAGGAGAUCUUUCCAAGGCCGGCAGUUCUGGGGUAACGCUCAGCGGUGGUCAAAAGCAAAGAAUUUCCCUUGCCCGAGGCCUUUAUUCGCGUGCUCCAGUUUUGGUGCUGGAUGAUGUAUUCAGUGGACUGGAUAACAAGUCCAUAAGUACUAUAACAUCUCGCCUCUUCGCGUCCGAUGGGCACUUCAAGGAUUCUGGAAGAACUGUUAUCCUUGCAACGCACAACCAUCGAGUACUCGCAUACGCUGAUGAAAUCAUUGUGCUGGACGAUGGAAAAGUGACAAACAUCACGACGUACGACUGCAUUCGACAUUCUUUGCCCCAAGACAGCGAUACCGAAUCCAGUGAAGCUUCAUCGGACGAAAAAGUAUACAAUGUUAGCAAGUUGCAGACUAAGAACUCUGAUCCAAUUGUCCAAUUACGCGAGGCUGAAGAAACCGAUCAAGACAUGUCUCGCAGAGAUGGUACAUGGUCCGUUUAUGCAUAUUACCUCCAGUCCGCAGGCUGGAAGAUGAUUGUUAUUCUCGCAACUUCGGUUGUGCUCUUUGGAUUCUCAGAUAAAUUUACGACCAUCUGGCUUCAAAGAUGGUCCGAUGCCAACGAGCAACACCCGAAUCAGAAACCGGGAUUGUAUCUCGGCGUAUAUGCGGGAUUGUUUGGAAUUUCUCUCGUGUCGCUUGUUGCUGCCUGCUGGGCGUUGUUUGUCCGCGUCAUCAAUAACACCGGCCUAAUGAUGCACGCCCAUCUUCUGAGAUCUACCUUGAAUGCCCCUUUUAGCUUCUUUCAAAAGGUCGAUGCUGGGCUGACAACAAAUCGAUUCAGCCAGGACAUGGAGCUCAUUGAUAUGACUCUCCCAAGUCAAGCAAUCAACACAUAUCUUGGGCUUUCCAACUGCUGCGUGCAGCUUGUCAUACUUUGCAUCAUGGGAAAGUAUCUGACAAUAACCGUCCCUGCCUUAGGAGUCAUUCUGUUUUUCGUCCAGAGGUACUACCUCCGUACCUCGCGACAAGUGCGUCUGCUCGACAUUGAGGCAAAGUCACCUUUGUUCACACAUUUCGUGGAGACUAUGCAAGGCAUAUCUGCCAUUCGAGCCAUGAAAUGGAAGGUGCCGUUCCAAGAACGGUUGGAAGAUGCACUCAACCGAUCACAAAAACCAUUCUAUAUGCUCUUCUGCAUCCAGCAGUGGCUGCAACUGGUCCUCGACUGUGUUGUUAUGGCUCUCGCGGUCAUCUUAGUUUCGCUGGUUGUUUCAUUGAAAAGCCAAUUUAGCGCGGGUUCCAUCGGUGUGGCCUUGAACCUGAUCUUAAGUUUUAAUACAGAUCUCAUGAUCUUGAUCAAGUCUUGGACUAUGCUUGAGACUUCUAUCGGGGCAGUCUCGCGUGUCCAAAGCUUUGUCAAGGACACACCAUCAGAGAUUGAGCCUGAAGGUACUAUGGCUGACCUCCCGCCUCAGUGGCCUGCUUACGGGGAAGUCAUAUUUCAAAAUACCGUGGCGAGGUAUAGCCCUGAUGCUCCACCAAUCUUGAAUAACGUCUCUCUCUCAAUCAAGCAAGGCGAGAAAAUCGCAAUAUGUGGCCCGUCAGGUAGUGGCAAGACAUCACUAAUCCUCGGUCUGCUGCAAAUGAUUGAGCUGCAAAGUGGCAGCAUCCAGAUAGACGGGAUGGAUCUCAGCACCUUACAAUGCCAUGAGGUGCGCUCUCGUGUCAAUGUUAUCCCACAGGAACCAUUUUUCAUACCUGGUACCCUGAGAUUUAACCUGGAUCGUGGGACUGCCAUCAGCAGCCUCCCGGACGCAUGUCUCAUAGAUGCUCUUGAGACAGUAGGUCUCUGGAAAAAGAUUGCCAGUGGGGAUGGAGGACUUGACCAGCCAUUAUCAGUAUCGGACUGGUCAAUGGGUGAGCGUCAGCUCCUUGCUCUGGCGCGCGCAUUGGUGAUGAAAAGUGCAAUCCUGGUAUUGGACGAAGCGACUAGCAGGCAUGUUUUGCGUUCUCUCCAGUUUGUGGAUUGGGAGACUGAAGCCACGAUGCAGGCUAUCAUCGAACGCGAGUUUGCAUCUCAGACAGUGAUCUCAGUGGUUUGCCAUAUUCACAUUGGCCAAGCUGGUGUGCAGAUCGGCAAUGCUGCGUGGGAGCUGUAUGUCCACCCGUUGCCUCACCACUCCCAUGCUAAGACGAGAGACAGUUACCUACUUGAGCAUGGACUCAACGCCGACGGAUCCAUCAACCCUGAUGUGACCGAUGACACUGUGACAAGCGGAUCUUAUGAGACUUUUUUCACAGAGACCACCAGCGGCAAAUACGUCCCUCGCGCUAUUUUUGUUGACCUCGACCCGUCACCCAUCGACGAGAUCCGCACCGGUACAUACCGUCAACUCUUCCAUCCCGAGCAGCUGAUCAGCGGAAAGGAAGAUGCUGCAAACAACUAUGCACGUGGCCACUACACCGUAGGCAAGGACAUCUCUGAAAGCGUUGUUGAUCGAAUUCGUCGUGUGGCCGACAACUGCAGCUCUCUGCAGGGUUUCAUGAUCUUCCAUUCAUACGGCGGCGGUACGGGUUCUGGAUUUGGCGCCCUGCUAUUGGAACGUAUCACCACUGAAUUCAGCCGCAAGUCCAAGCUGGAGUUCUCGGUCUACCCUUCGCCUCGUACCUCGACUGCAGUGGUGGAGCCAUACAACGCCGUGCUGUCCACCCACAGCACCAUUGAGAACUCCGACUGCACUUUCCUCGUGGACAAUGAUGCCGUGUACGACCUAUGCCGCCGCAACUUGGAUAUCCCCCGUCCUGGUUACGAGCACAUGAACGGUCUCAUCGCCCAGGUGGUCAGCUCCAUCACCUCAAGCUUACGGUUCGAUGGUGUGCUCAACGUCGACCUAGCCGAGUUCCAGACCAACUUGGUACCAUAUCCGCGUAUUCACUAUCCUUUGAUCUCGUAUGCUCCGGUAAACAGCGAGAAGAGCAGUUCUCAUGAGAGCUUCAAGGUGCAAGAUCUCACCUUCAAAUGCUUUGAGCCAAGAAACCAGAUGGUCAUCUGUGAUCUCCAAAAGGGCAAGUACAUGGCUGUGGCUCUGCUUUACAAGGGCGAUAUCGUUCUCCGCGACUGUGUGCAGGCUGUCGCUGCUCUCAAGGCCAAGACCUCCUUCAACUUGGUACAGUGGUGUCCUACAGGCUUCAAACUGGGGAUCAAUUACCAAAAGCCUGUCCGUGUCCCUGGCAGUCAGCUCGCUCCCGUGGACCGCUCGGUCAGCAUGCUGGCUAACACUACAGCUAUCGCCGAGGCAUGGUGCCGCCUUGACCAUAAGUUCGACCUCAUGUACUCCAAGCGUGCUUUUGUACACUGGUAUGUGGGUGAGGGCAUGGAGGAGGGUGAAUUUUCCGAGGCUCGUGAAGAUCUCGCUGCUCUUGAGAAGGACUACGAGGAGGUGGCCGAAGAUAGCGUUGUGGAGGCAGGAGAGACUGAGUACUGA